GGAACGAUUUAUGACCAACUUUUAGGGGAGGGGGGCGCUUGUUUGGGAUUGGUCAAACCAGUCACAAGAUGAUGUGAAGUAAAAAAAUCAACAUUGAGAGCGUCUCAACCAUUCAGAGCAGCAGCAGCUUCAGGGGAUUUUUAACUCUAUAACAAUGAGUGAAUCACUGGUGGUGUGUGAUGUGGAUGAAGAUCUGGUUAAAAAGCUGAAGCAGUUCCGUUUCCGGAAGGAGACCAACAACGCGGCCAUCAUUAUGAAGAUCGAUAAAGACAAGCAGCUGGUUAUUCUUGAAGAAGAACAUGAGGAUAUUUCUCCCGAUGAUCUAAAGGAUGAACUGCCUGAGAGACAGCCGAGAUUUAUCGUCUACAGUUAUAAGUACCAACACGAUGAUGGACGUGUUUCCUAUCCUCUCUGCUUCAUCUUCUCCAGUCCAGUGGGUUGCAGACCAGAGCAGCAGAUGAUGUACGCGGGAAGCAAAAACAAACUGGUGCACACCGUUCAACUGUCCAAGGUGUUUGAGAUCAGAAACACAGAGGACCUAACAGAGGAAUGGCUUAGAGAGAAACUUGGGUUCUUCGGCUAAAGUCGUCUCAUCCAGUGGUCUGGGAUGUGAGGAGGAUCCAGAUUGCACAACUUGUUCUCUUCGGGAGAACACACCACAGUUAAUGUUUCCCUCCUCUUUGUACCAGACCUGAUUUAAAUAGUGUUUGCAAAUACUUUCUGUACUCAGUUUAAGGCCUUUUUGGUAGAGUUUACGGCUUAUUAUAAUUCAGUGUGCCAGAAGGUUCAGACAACCACAGGAGUUUGUAUACUUUUCUGUGACUGUCGACAUGUGUGGCACUAACUAAACCUCACCCAUCAGCCUAAAACUGAAAAUACUAUUUGACGCAGGUCUCAGUUUGUGUCCCAUGCAAUCUCUCCAUGUGCCAGUUAUGUAUCUGUAUUGAAUUAACACUACCAUAGCUCUUAAAGUGGACAGAAAUUGAUAGUACUCAUCCGCCAUUCCUAAGCAUGUACAUUCAGGAGAAUUUAAAGGCAUUGUAACAAUGGUUUCUGUUUCCGUAAGUAGUUUACACUUUUUUUUUUUUUGCAACUCUGAACCUCCUGAGUUUCACCUUUUUUAUGUUUAAUAAUUUUUCAUAAUUUUAGGAGUCUUAUUUUUAGAUUUUUGUUUUUGUUUUAUCUGGUGCAUGUAGGGUCAUGUAAGCGUAUACUUUAGAGCAGUAAUUAGCUUUUGUUGAAAACGAAUUUCCUGCUAGAACAUCUGAAAAAUCAUAUAUACAAUUUAGAGAACAAUGUAGAGUUCAGCUUUAGUCAGUCUCUCCUUCAGUAUUAAUUUAAGGUAAUUUAACUUCUAAUUUAGGUAACAAACUGCAAAUAACAAUAACAUCAAGAUUAUUUGACUAAGAGUUAUAUAUGACGUGUUGUACCUUCUCCUGCGCACAUGAACAAGCUGGCAGAAGCCCUCGGGUGGUGCCUAUCACGCUGCAGAUUUGCCGUUAGCCCAUCCUCAGAUGGGCUCUCGUCUCUGUUUAGAGAAAAACAGUGUGACUCAUGGGUAAAGCUGUAUUCUGCCUUUGACCUGCAUAUUUGUUAAAACGAUAUCACACUCCUGAAAACAAUAUUUCCACUGAAACAUUCCAGACUGAACAAUUUAUUACUUACAACAAACCUCCGUCUCUACAUCCGUGACAGUCUUGAAAACACUGCACACAGCGGGGCAUUACCUGCCCUCUUUUUAAUCUACUGGGCUACUCUGUAUAAGUGGGUCACUGUGUCUUUAGGGAGAUUGUUAGCUAAUAUUGUGCAUUAUAGCUAUUGCUGUUAUUGGUGAUUAUGAAUGUUGUGCUUCAUUCUGAUGUAAAGCCACUUUGACUUAGUGGUAGCCACCGCCUUGAGAAUGAUGGCUGUGAUUUCUCCAAAAGCCAGUUGUGCUUGAUAUUUAGACUCGGUAGUUAAAGGACAGCAUCUGGGCAAUUUACAUUUUGCAUACAGAGCAGGGUUCGACCAAUAUGGCUUCAAGGCUGAUAAUGAUAUUUGUGUAUUGAAUGUGCCAGCAGCUCAUAUUUCAUGCCAAUAUCUAAUAUGCACAGUGCAGUCUAUAAGUAUUUAUACAGUUCAUGUUGGAUCUGAAAUUAAACACAGGUCGAGGUUAACAUGACAAAUUUUAGCUUUCAGCACAUUUCAAAUCCAAUGUGCUGGAGUACAGAGUUAAAACAGCAUAAAAUGUGUCACUGUCCAAACACUUACUUACUAUUGUAUGUAUUUGGCUAUUUUUCAUAACCCAAAAGUGACAGUUCUUCCUUGUUUUCAGCUGAAGAUCCUCUGAAACAAUAUCUAAAACAAUAUUUAAACCAAUCCAACACACUCAAACUCCAAACCAGUUGCUAAUACUUUAAGGAUUAGCGGCUCUUAACAGCAGGGCGACCAGCCCCAGAUAGUUAAAGCUACAUAAAAAAUGUACUUACUGUAUUGCAGGUGCUACAGACUGGUUUUAUGUUAGCGAUGAGAGAGAAAACCUCCAUUAUACCAGUGAUGGAUGGCUGGAGUGGUAGAUUUCUGAUACUUAAUAAAACCUUAAUAUCAGUGCCGUAUAUUGGUCUUACCCUAUUAAAGAAUAAUAGGCACAAAUUAAUUCCACAUGUUCGCUCAUCAGUGUCAUCUCUUAUUGAGAAACUCCUACUUUGUAAACAGAUAAUGGAGGGUUGUGGCUGAUUUAAAGCCCCUAGGCAAGAAAUCAUCACCUAAUGUAUGAUGACAUACUGAUAAGUCUACCAUACCAAUGCCUUGUCUUGUUUCUUUGUGUGUUAUAUUUACAUCUGUUUUGUUUUUUUUUAAAUCAUGAGGCCAAAAUGGAAACAAUACACAAAUAUGUUUUGUGAGAAAACUAGAAGGUGAUUGGAUAAGCUUUGUUGGAGGAUUAUAAUGUUAUUUUUAAGACACUAAUUGUUUUAAACUUUCUGAUCUGUCCAAGAGACAUCAUCUUAUUUCUAUUUAAGUGUAAUCUUGGUUAUAAUAAAUAACAGAAACAGUUUCUUUUUCUAGAGAUCUGACUCAAAGACAUGUACGCACAAUCACACCAUUUUAUGUUAAUCAUUUAUUGAUGUCAAAUGUUAGACAUUAAUCAUUUAUGAUUUACAUGUCAGUGCAGGGUUUAAUCCGACAGGAACAAUGGGAUAUAACUGUAAUCACUUGUUUUGCUGUCUACUGAUACCAUCGAAGCUAAGAUUUACACUGUCAGCUUGAUAUUAGCCUGUAUUAUGCUGCUGUAGCAGAGAAACAUAACUCCAACGUGAGUGAUUCUCAUGUUUUAUAAUGGUUUCUGUUUCUGGUUUCUUACUUGAGCUGAAGUUGUACGUUAUCCUUUAUGGGUAAAGGAAGUUUUAUGACCCUAUGACCUGCAAAACCCUUACAAAACUCAAGGUAAAUUUUCAAAAAUGCACAAUUUGAAAAUCAAAGACUUGGUUUGUUUUGAAAACAAAAUUCUUAAAACCUUUUAAAAUGUGGAGAGCUACUGUAAAAGAAGUGCAUGCUUUAUUAAUGCAUGCCUGAACAGUUUUCCUAAGCCUGACAGAACUUUCCUAAUGACAUAUUUUGCGCAUGCAUUCUUUCCAGAACAUUUUAAAUUAAUUAGUUAAUUUGAUUAGACUGAUGCAAUUUAUUUGCAUACAAAUUCUUAAAAAGAGGGGCAACACUUGGAUCUCAAACAUCUGGUCUCAGCUGUGUUCUUACUCUAUCUGAAAUAUUUAUGUACUUUCCUUGAAACCCUUUGCUACUGAUAUUUUUCAUCGAAAUGGGUUGUAAUAGACUGUCCAUUGAUCAUGUAUCAAAACCAAUCUCUCCAAUAUAUUUAUAUUGAGCCAUGUAUCUGAUUAUGUCCUGUGGAUCUAGUAGCUUUCCCUCCUAUGUGGUGAAACUGUUGUAUAUUUGGCCUCUUGAGUCUUUUACUUUAACCUGCAAAUGUGUUGUUCAGCUCUUGGUGUCCUCUCUGAUAAAAUGCCUACUAUUCUAUUUUGUUUCAUUUUUAAUUAAAAAAACACACCUGAGACAUUUAUCAUAACCAGCUGCCUCAUGGCAUCAGUAAAACUUGAGAUAUUUGUAUUUUCCCAUACUUUAUAAAAUGUCUAUUGUCCUAUUGUCCAAAUAAAGUGACAGUGAUGUUUGCC